GAAGAAGGAGAAGAAGGAGGAGAAGGAGAAGGAGGAGAAACACCUGACGGAGGAUGAACCAGCCGGAGCGUUCAAGAGAUGAGGAGGACCAGGAAGAGACGGAGUGUCACCAUGACAACAGUGACGGGAUCAACAACAACAACAACAACAACCGCCGCAAGACGGUGUGUCCAGGUGUAGGUGAACAUCCCCUCCAGUAUAACUACACCUUCUGGUACAGCAGAAGAACCCCGAGUCGUCCUGCAAGUUCUCAGAGUUACGAACAAAACAUCAGACAGAUCGGCAGCGUGGCAUCGGUGGAGCAGUUCUGGAGGUUCUACAGUCACCUGAUCAGACCAGGUGAUCUGAGUGGACACAGUGACUUCCACCUGUUCAAGGAGGGAAUCAAACCCAUGUGGGAGGAUGAUUCCAACCGCAGUGGGGGGAAGUGGAUCAUUCGUCUCCGUAAAGGUUUAGCCAGUCGGUUCUGGGAGAACAUCAUACUGGCCAUGAUGGGAGAGCAGUUCAUGGUGGGAGAGGAGAUCUGUGGAGCAGUGGUCUCCAUACGCUUCCAGGAGGACAUCUUGUCGAUCUGGAACAGAACAUCCAACGACCAAACGACAACAUCCAGAAUCAGAGACACUCUCAGACGAGUCCUGAACCUUCCAGCCAACACCAUCAUGGAGUACAAGACCCACAACGACAGUCUCAGGGACAACUCGAGCUUCAGAAACACCAAGAUCUCUCUCUGAAGUGUGUGUGUGUGUGUGUGUGUGUGUGUGUGUGUGUGUGUGUGUGUGUGUGUGUGUGUGUGUGUGUGUGUGUGUGUGUGUGUGUGUGUGUGCGUGUGCGUGCGCACAGUGGACCAAUAAACUGACUGGACUGAAGUGGUGUCACUGUUUUAUUGUUUACAGCAUUGAUUGAUUAGUGAUCAGCAGCAUCUUUUCUUUACAUUCUGACCAGCAUAAAACAUUCUGACCAGUAUAAAACAUUCUGACCAGUAUAAAACAUUCUGACCAGUAUAGAAAUGAUUUGUUUUGUAUUUUGGAUGUUUUGAGUUUUCUGUUAAUUUCUCAUUUUGUCGUCACCGUUCUUAUAUUUUAUAUAUAAAUAUUAAAGUCAAGAUACUUUAGUAAAUGUACUUAAUAUGAAGUGUUAAAAAUACACCAAUGAAGACAGGACUGUUCUAAAGUUCUAAGACUGAUUAUGUACAGGAAUAACAGAAACAAGGAGUAACAUGUUCGGUUCCCUCACCUUUGACUGAAUCUGGAUUUAACAGAACCUGAUGCACUGAACUACUUAACCAAGGAGAACAACUAAAAUAAACCUUAUUAAACAGACAAACACACUGUGUAUG